CUCGUUGCCAUACGAUUGGAGCUCGACUUUGAAGGGUGGAAGUUGCGCGAUACUUUCACAUGGAACGCGUCAGACGACGUCACCUCGUACGAUGACUUUGCGCGUGGACUCUGCGAAGACUACGGCUUGCCGGACAACAGCUUCAUUCCUCUCAUCCGCGAGGCGAUGGCCACGCAGAUUGCUGAACACGUCCAAACGCAGGCCCUGCGCCCAGAGACGACUAGCAAGGAUACCAAGGGCCGGCUGACAACGCUGCGCAUUCCGAUCAAGCUUGACAUCACUGUUGGCGCCAUGAACCUCGUCGACCAAUUCGAGUGGGACAUUCUUGACGAAGAUGCCUCAGCCGAGACAUUUGCGCACACCUUCGCCGCGGAUCUGGGCCUAACGGGCGAAUUUGAGACGGCCAUUGCCCACUCCAUCCGCGAGCAAGUCGACGUCCACCUGCGCUCGCUCGCUCUGGCAGGCCACUCAUUCGACAGCUUGUACGUCUCCGAUGAUGAGCUGCGCGGCGCCUUCCUCCCUGAGGUAUCGACGGUCUCUCGCUCUGGCCAGGACAUUGAGGACCACACGCCAAGGCUGCUGCAGCUCAGCGAGUUCGAGGUCGAGAAGCUCGAGAGGGAGAGAGAGCGCGACAACAAGCGCAAGAGGAGGCAGACGAGGGGACGC